UGUCUUCGAUGGGAGCUCUAGAUGUCUUCUGGAACGGGAAUGCUCUCGUGUAUAGAAGCUCGCAGAUGGCCGCACGGCAGCGUGCCCGUUCGCAGUGCAUCCACCCCGCCUGCCCCAGCCCAGCCCUACACCAGCAGCUCUCCGCACUUGGGCCAGCCUGCAUCUGCGCCUGCUCCCCAGACGCUCCUCUCCUCGCCGGCGCACUGCCAUCUCUGACCCCAAGCGCCCCUGUAUCCUGCCCGCCCGCAUCAGCACCGCCGCCCUGCCCAACGCCUACCCCACCGUCCCGCCGCGCCGCUGGUGACCUCGCUUGUUUGCACAACUGCAUAUCCCUGCGCGCGUCGUCAAAGAGCUGCGGGCGCCGACCCCCGCACCGCAUCGCUCAUGUCCCUCCCUCCCGACUACUCCAACGAGAUUUCCUCUCUCAACCGCGAGAUCCUCAAGCACCAGCCCCACGACGUCCUCCAAUUCUGCGCAAACUUCUUCCUGCGCCGCCUCGAGUCCCAGCGCGCCGAGUUCCUGCUCUCCCAGCAGCAUUCCAGCCCACAGGGCCGUGGCAUGGCCGAGAGCACCUUUCCCGGCGGCAACCCCUUUGGCACCUCCCCGAGCCACACCGGCACCUACAUGCAGCGCCUCGACGAGGAAGACGAGAACGACCAGGUAGCCUCGCCCACCGCCGCCUCCUUCUUCCCCAACGCCGCCAUGGACAAGGCCCAGAGCAACCCCGCGAGCGAGGACACCUUUGGCAACUUCGCGGGCUUUGGCGGCUUUGGCGAUGCCGUCAAGAGCAGACCGCAGCCCUCGGGCGCUCCCGAGCCCCAGCCCUUCCCCAACAACUACAACCUCAACAGGCGCACCUCUGUCUCCGCCGAGUCCCUCAACCCCGCCUCGUCCGACCACAGCGACUGGACCCCGCCCAGGCACCCCAAGUCGGCGGAGCAGCAGGCCCGACUCAGGGAGGCUGUCGCAGGCAACUUUCUCUUCUCACACCUCGACGACGAACAGUCGGCCCAGGUGCUCGGCGCGCUGCAGGAGAAGCCGAUACCAACAAAGGGCAUCAAGGUCAUUCAGCAGGGCGACGUGGGCGACUACUUCUACGUUGUCGAGAAGGGCAGCUUCGACAUCUACGUCAACCAGUCGGGCAAGCUCGAGGCAGGGCCUGAUGGUCAAGGCUCCAAGGUGGGGUCUGUCGGCCCUGGCGGCUCCUUUGGUGAGCUUGCCUUGAUGUACAAUGCGCCCCGCGCCGCCACCGUGGUGUCGGCCGAAGCGUCCAACCUGUGGGCUCUGGACCGUGUCACCUUCCGUCGCAUUCUCAUGGACAGCGCGUUCCAGCGCCGCCGCAUGUACGAAGGCUUCCUCGAAGAGGUCCCUCUGCUCGCCUCUUUGACGCCUUAUGAGCGUUCCAAGAUCGCCGACGCCCUCGAGACAAAGAAGUUUCCUCCCGGCACCCACAUCAUCAAGGAGGGCGACGUGGGCGAAUCCUUCUACAUUCUCGAGUCUGGCGCAGCCGAGGUCUAUAAACGUGGCAACGAGCAGCCCGUCCACAGAUAUGAAAAGGGCGACUACUUUGGUGAAUUGGCCCUGCUCAACGACGCCCCGCGCGCCGCCUCUGUUGUUAGCACCACCGAGGUCAAGGUAGCAACCCUCGGCAAGAACGGCUUCCAGCGGCUGCUGGGUCCAGUCGAAGGCAUCAUGAGGCGCAACGACCCGAGCAAAGUCCAAGAUGCAGACGGCGUAGAUCCGUUCACCAAGUCAUCAUAGAGCCCAUCUCCAGUCGUAACGGCACGGGUGCCGUGUCCCAAGGUUAGACAGCAACGAGUGCGCCAGGUGGUCUGGUCGUGUACGGAAAGUGCACGCGUUCAAUGUGGAGUGUACGGGAGUGUCGGCUGCUGCUAAUCCCCAAGUUGUCGUUUGCUCUGCGUGGCGUUUUCGCAUGUACUCUUACUCUUCCCUACUAUCACUAAGUGUUUGUUCGACGCGUGGGUGGGUCUCACGGGCGAAGGUGGGAGAACGGGUGUGCUGGUUCCUGUCGACUAUACUCCAAUGUCGCAUGAUGUUCAAUCAAGACUAUAGACUUGCUAUGUUUACAAC